CGUCUACACAAGCAGGUGGGUGGAUGUACUCAAUGACGCAGGUUGUGGUGGCAGAGCUGCAGAACUCAUGUGUAACCUCCAACCAAGUCAUGAUGGGAAAGUAAGAUGAGAGGAAGCUCAUCAUGUCAGAGACCCCUGUUUUGCCUCCUGUUUGGUAAAGUUUUGUUGAAGGACUUUUGAAUGCUGACUGGCAACCAUCCACAGUGUACCUGCUUCUGACUAGAGUAAGCUGCUAAAACAGGCUCCAGCUCAUCUGUGACCCUGAAGUAGGAUAAGCGGGUGAAGAAGAGGAUCGUGCUGACGUUGCAUCUUCUCUAAGAUGGCAAACCUUGUGACAUCGCUGUGCUGUGUAGUUCUGGCCGCAGUGGUGGUAGCCUACGCGCAGAGACGCAGUCAGGUUGUUGCCAGGAACCAGUAUGAGCGAAUGGGCAGCGACGUCACCAUGCAGUGUGGCUCCUUGGACAAUGAUGCGUCGGUGUCAUGGAAGGUGAACGGGACCGACGUGAAGGCCCAGCACCAUCUUGAAGGCCCCAGACUGAUACUGACCCAAGUGGACCUUGGCCACAAUGGACUCUACAGCUGCUUUCAGAACCCAAAUGGAGAAAGGCGUGACACCAUCAACCUCCGCAUCGGCAUUUCCCCUCGGGAGCCGUUAGUCUCCUGUAGAUCCAACACAUAUCCCAAAGGCUUCUACUGCAGCUGGCACCAGCAGCACUCAACCUACAUCCCCACUACUUUUGAAGUGGAUGUUCAACAUAACCAGCGUUUGCUGGAGGUGCAGAAAGACUCUAUCCAUAAGAAUCGCUGCCAUGUACGUUUUCCGGAGGUAUUCUCCAUCUUCCCAUACAAAGUGAACGUGACCGCAAUCAACGCUUUGGGGCAAGCCUCAAGCACAAUCUCUUUUGAGGAAUCGUCUAUAGUCAAACCAGACCCCCCUGAGCGUGUGACAGCGACUCCGAUUCGUUACAAUCCGCGUAGGCUGGAGGUAUCUUGGCAGAGUCCUGCGACCUGGCCCGACAUCGACAACUUCCCUCUAAAAUACUUUCUUCGCUACCGCCCUCUCAUCAAGGAGCAGUGGCAACAUAUGGAACUAUCUGAAAGCACUUCUCACCCCAUCACUGACGCGUAUGCUGGAAAGGAAUACAUCAUCCAGGUGGCUGCCAAAGACACAGAGAUUGGAACAUGGAGCGACUGGAGUGUCGCCGUGCACGCGACACCUUGGAUUGAAGAACCCGUGCAGACCACCUCCACAACUGAUGUGGAGUAUCUCACGCAGACUAAGACUUCCCCCAUCCCUUCAUCCAACGCUCCACAAAAGGCUGAACCUCCAGUGGGCAGGGCUGCGAAACUUCUCACCUUCUUCUCGCCUCUUCUGUUAGGGAUGCUGCUGCUGUUCAUGUAAUGUAAAUAUCUUACGGCUGAAAGGAGGAGAGGAGGAAGUGGAGGAAGAAGAACAAGAGGAGGAGGAGGAAGAAGAAGAAGAGGCUGGAUCUAUGUUUUCUCUUUUGCACAAGUCCCAAGGAUACAGUGCAUCGAUCAUUUCUGUCUGUCCCACACUUACUUGCCAAGAUUACUUGGACAAUGCCCUACGCAGCAUUUUCAAUUCAUGGUUCCACGCAAAUUGUUCAGAGGAGCCGCUUUCGGCCGUGGCGUCAUCUUCAUCGUCUUCAUCAGCGGCAACAAUAGGAGCAUCGCUGCAAACAGCCGUCGCCUAACUGCACCUGCUGGCUUUAAUUUCAUUUGUUUGGCUGGUAACAAUAUUGACUUUCUUCUCUGCAUUUUUUUAAUUCCUUUUUGGAUUAUCUAUUUACCCAAUUUAAUUUUUUUUUGCCUGCGCACAAAUACAGCCACAAUCACACCAAAACGCGCACGCACAAAAGUCGAGCAUGUGCGUAUGUGUUUGUGCCCAGUUGCUGUCCCAGUACCCCAUACAGCUAAAUCGUCAUGCCAAAGACUCAACAACUCCCUCAUGCAGUCCGAUGGCCCCGAAAAUGUGCAGAUUCCAUUGAUCUGAAAAGCAUAAUAACUUGUGUUUGCACAAUCAUGGAGGAACCCUGCAGAGGCCACAAAAAUAAUCGAGGCCACAAAAAAAAAAAAAAAAAAACACAAUGACACUUCAGUAACACGACUCUGGUUUAUCCAGACAGGUUAGCUUGCAACUGUCAAAAAGGACUUUGAUUGUAUAGAAACAAACACCACAAAUAUAUCUAUAUAUGUAAUAAAAUCUAAAGAUUCCCAACCUUUUAUUUUUCCUCUUUUUUUUUUUGGACAAAGACAAAGCUGUUUUUGGGAGGCAUUGGUGGCUGUAAAAUAACACAAAUCACUUUGUAUUCUGACGCCUUCACAUGCAUAGAAAAUGUCUUUUUGCAGUAGCCAAGAUAAAUUGUUGGUAUUAUGUUAUUCCGAUGAGUACUGAUGUUUUAUUGUGUUUUUAUAUGAAUUUUAUGGUAAAACAACUACAAAAACACACAUGUAGGGUUUUAGUUCUUCUGUUUCUGGCUUCUUUUUUUUUUUAAUCUGACAUUCAUAAUGGCUUACUGUAUUCCUCUGAUCCUAUUUUGUAAACUAUGAUAUGUAACUUUAACAUUGAACAAAAGUUUAUUAUUUAAUAAUAAUAAUAAUACAAAAAAUACUAAGUAUGUAUUAGCAGUAGAAUGUCGUAAACCUGUACCUGGGGUCUUUUUUAUAGCUGUAUAUACAAUGACAGGUUUCAACCAUUAAA